AUGGAGAAAAGUGAAGGCGGGGGGGAUUUGAAUUUCCCUCCGAAAACGAAUCAAUCGGAGGUGGCGGAGGCGACGACGGAUUUCCCGGCGGCAAAAAAGCUCGCACGGCAGCUGGAUUUUAACAUCGUUGGUGGCGGUAGUCAGCCGGCGGCAGUGACUCCGGUGGUUUUACCGGAACACCCUCAGCGGCCAGUUGUGGUGCAGAUUCAUCAGCCCCCGCCGCCGGCCCCGCCAUCGCCAAUACAGUCGCCGCCGCAACAACAACCACCACCACCACCAUUAAUUCCGGCGAUGCAGCAUUCUCAUGGUGCAAUUGUUCAUCAACAAAAUUUAAGACCUGUGAAACCAGAAUCCCCGAAGUCCCGACCAAGACCGAAUGCCGAAGUAAAAGAUGGUACCCCGAAGAAGCAAAAGCAGUGCAAUUGUAAACACUCACGAUGCUUGAAAUUAUAUUGUGAAUGUUUCGCUUCGGGAAUAUAUUGCGAUGGUUGCAACUGUGUCAAUUGUCAUAACAACAUUGAAAACGAGCCUGCUAGAAGAGAUGCAGUCGAAAGUACUUUGGAACGUAAUCCGAAUGCAUUUAGGCCUAAAAUUGCCAGCAGUCCUCAUGGAAACCGUGAUAAUAGGGAAGAGGCCGGGGAAGUUGUAGUGCUGGGAAAGCAUAACAAAGGAUGCCAUUGCAAAAAGUCGGGAUGCCUGAAGAAAUACUGUGAGUGUUUUCAAGCCAACAUUUUGUGCUCGGAAAAUUGUAAAUGCAUGGAUUGCAAGAAUUUUGAGGGAAGCGAAGAACGGCAGGCACUUUUCCAUGGAGAUUCUGCCAAUAACAUAGCGUAUCUUCAACAGGCGGCAAAUGCUGCCAUCACCGGUGCUAUUGGAUCCUCUGGUUAUGGUUCACCACCUGUAUCCAGGAAAAGAAAGGUCCAAGAACUUUUUUUUGGUGGGCCCGCUGCAAAAGAUACGUCUUUUCACAGGAUUGCGCAGUUUCAACAGACAAAUCAUGUCAAAGUUUCUGCUCCUUCCUCUUCAUGGCCUUCUGUUCCUGGUGCUCGUGUUGCUAACAAUGCGUCCGUGGGUCCAUCCAAAUUUAUGUACCGGUCUCUUUUAGCGGAUCUUAUUCGUCCAGAUGAUAUGAAGGAGCUUUGUGCUGUUUUGGUGGCGUAUACGAGCGAAGCAGCCCGGGUGCUUUCAGAUGAGAGAAAUGUGAAAGAAAAGAUGACAAACAACGGAGAAAGCACUCUCACAUCAUCAUCCAUUGAUCGGCUACAGAGCCCAAAGGAACCCAAUGCCCAGAAAGCUGUGGCUGAUGAAUCUUUAAGCGGGAUUCAGGCCGAAAACCCCGGCCUAGAUGAGUCAGGUUCAGAUGGUUCGAGAGGGAGGCCAAUGUCUCCAGGAACUUUAGCCCUGAUGUGUGAUGAACAAGAUACGGUUUUUAUCAAUUCCGGUUCUAAUCUAUUAGUGAAUAAUCAUGGUUCGGCUACAUAUGGUCAUUUGCCGAAUGGCCAAGUAAUUACAGAAAGUUAUGCUGAACAAGAGAAGAUGGUGCUGACAGCGUUUCGAGAUUGUCUUAACAAACUCAUCACUUUAGGAGAAUUAAAAGAAACACAAUGUUCUUCGUUGGCGAGAAGUGAUUCUGGGGGUCAAAGUCAAAUGGAAGCAGUCGAAAACCCUACUACAAAAGCUCGUUGGGAUCCUUUCGUCAACGGUUUCCCAAGGUCAGCAGCCCUACCCACAACAAACCCAUCUCAAAAUAACGAUAACUACACACAUUUGAAAAUCCCGUUUCAUGCCGAAAAUGGAGAUUUGAAACUAAAACCCGAAAAAGAUGUGUAACAAUGAGAAGUAUUUUCUGUAUUAUUAGGCGAUCAGUUUUUUCUUCGAUGCAACGGCCAAUUAUGCUUCGAUUCACCAUUGUCGAAAACUAACCGAUUACUCUAUUCAUUUACCAUAGUAUUUGAUCAAGUUCUGGAGU